AUGUCAAAACUUCUUUCGGCGACUGAACCAGAAGAUCCGGGGGCUAAUCAGCAAAACAAUGUUGUCAACUUGGAUGCCGGUACUAUCCCCGAAACGUCUUACAAUGCUCUGUGCGAGGCCUGGCAGCAAACAGCGGCCAAUACAACAAACGCAGAAGAAUCUUGGGCCGCUUUUAAUAAGACUCGGGAUCUUCUCAAUCAGUUUAAUAAGAGACACUAUCUUCCCCAGGCCUGGAACAUUAGUGAAGCGUGGGCCGAGGGACAAAUUGGAACCCCGAAUCCUAGGACUGGAGAAGAAGAUAUCACAUCCACUUCUGACGGUGCUAGCCAACCUGAUCCGGCAAAUAAAGUCUUAUCCAGUGAAGAGUCCAGUGGGGAACCCGGUUCUGAGUCUGAAUCUGAAGCCGAUCGUAGCGAGCCUAUAGGACUUGAUGCUUUGGAGGAGAGAACCAUAAAGAAGCAGCGUCGACUAACCACAGCCAGAGUCUUAUACUGGUGGCCUAAAGGGACUGGCUCUCAGAUCUUCGUGCGAUAUGGGGAUAAGUCUGCCCCAAUCUUUCGCAUUCGAUCUGGCUCACACGAAAGUUACAAUCCGGGAAAGGUAGAGCGUGUUUUAACAAAAACUCGCGGUACCGCUAAAUUUACUGUGAUAAAGGAUGGCCUUGUUGAGGAAUUUUGGAAGUAUACACGGAAGAACGUGAAAGAUAUAAUUGCUAUCGGCUGGAAAAUUGAAGAUGAUGAUGAAGAAGGCAUAAACCCUCUCAACUUACUUCAGCCAACGAAAGGUGCAAUCUUUCCACAAACGCGGGUUCUAGUGGAAUGGAAGGACGGCCGUUGUACCCUAGAAGGGCGAUCAUUCAUCCGUCGUAUCACAACAGGCUCAGCCCUGGACGGUGAUAGAGUAAUUUAUCAAAAGGCUGAAGAGCUCGAGAUUCGUUACCGCGAAAAGCAUGGGUUAGAAGUAUUCGAUGAAGAUUACGAUUACGAUGAUGAAGAUGAAGAGAGCGAUUACAUUCGACCGCGACGGGCCGACAGAAGAUAUCGCAGUGAGCCUACUCGAUACCCCCGUCGGGUCAAACCGUCUACCAGAAGCCGCUUCUUUUCUUCUGAAGAUAGUGAUGAAAGUGACACCUCUAUUCAGUCAUACAAUACCCGCAGAAGACGACACCGCAGCGAGCCAACUCAUUACUCGACAACGAGACGAAAAACACCUCCCGAGAAGGAGAUAAGCUCCACGGUCAAGAUAAAUCAGCUUGAACGGGAGCUUCGGCGAUUGAAAAUGGAAAGCUCGAGAUCGCCUCCUAAACGCCGUGAUAGACGCGAACGCACAGCUUAG